CGCUGUCGUCGGAUUCCUGCACAACUACAAGUGGUCAAACUUCGCCGUGGUCGCCACCAGGACACCCAAAUCGGUCGCCUACGUCAAGGCCAUGCAGGAAUACCUCGGCGACCUCGCCCCGGACUCGGACUUCGUCAUGACUCCCGUGUAUAUGGACGCCCGCGUACAUGACCCACGCAACCGCAUGAGAGUGUACCGAACUCUCCUGAACAUCAAGGAGAGAGUCAUCGUCAUGUUUUGCUCCGAGAAAGAAGCUAGCACUAUAUUCAGAGCCGCCAAUAUGUUGGGAUUAACCAGUAACAACUAUGUGUGGAUUAUUGUACUGACGUCGAGAAUGGACCUUGCGGAUGGUUCGAGUGUUCCGCGUAGUUUUCCCGUAGGGUUGAUAGCUCUAGCGUAUGAACACAGGUGGGAUGAUGUGUUGAGGGUACAGUUUGCGUUGGAUUCGUUGGGAAGUAGUGUGCAGCAUGUGAUCAACAGCGGCCAUGUUGUCAACAUGCGAGACAGCGCCACCUGUUGGAAUACGACGGAAGCGCACGCUGAGUCAGGCAGAAGGAUUCUCAGGAGCUUGCAGGAAAGGUCCUUCAGCCGGGACGGAUUUGUCAAAUUGCCGACAUUUCACAUCCUGAACAUCGGGAAGGACAAGAGGUGGAACCAGGUAGGGACCUGGCACGAGACCAAGUCCGUUGACCUGAACGUGAUCGUGUGGCCCGGGGAGAGGUUUAACCCGCCGAGCGGCAUGUCCAACCCGCGCUCCCUCAGGGUCGUCACGAUCGAGGAACACCCCUUCGUCUUCGUCGGCGAGGUGGACAAAACCCUGGGCAAAUGUCUGAAGGGGAUCCCCUGUGAGAAAAAAGUAGGGAAUGACACAGUGAUUAAGUGCUGUGCUGGGUUCUGUGUGGACCUGUUGGAGAGGCUGUCACGUGACGUGUGGUUCGAGUACACGCUGUAUCUGGUGGAGGACAACAACUUCGGCGCCUACCAACGGGGCCGCUGGAACGGGAUGGUGCAGGAUCUUAUACAGGGCAAAGCUCACCUGGCCAUGUCGUCUCUGAAGACCACAGAAGAGCGGAUGGCUGCCGUGGACUUCUCGGUACCGUUUCUCGAGACCGGGUACAAGCUGAUGGUGUUGAAAAGACCCGGAUCUGUCUCACCCACAGCGUUUCUAGAGCCUUUUGAUUGGACGUUCUGGCUGAUGAUGUCAAUCGGGUUUGUCGUCAUUUCCGCCCUGGCCGUUUUCUUUUUCGACUGGAUCCAGAUCCACGGCUUCAGCUUACAGCCUAACAGCAAACUACGGGAGGACCAGCCGGACUUCACCGGUACGCCAUUUACGUUUUUCGACUCCGUGUGGGUGCUGUGGGCUCUUCUCUUCAACAACUCCGUGCCGGUGUUCAACCCGAAGGGCCUGACCAGUAAGUUCAUGGUGUGCGUGUGGGCGUUCUUCGCCACCAUCUUCCUGGCCAGCUACACGGCAAACCUGGCGGUGUUCAUGAUCCAGGAGCAGUCUCAUCCACCCAUCAGAGACCUGGAGGACGAUCUGCUGCAGCACCCACACCUACAGUCCCCUCCCUUCACCUUCGGCACGGUGAAAUCCAGCAGUACGGAACAGUACAUAGCACAACGCUACUCCUCCAUGUACCAGUGGAUGAAGAGAUACAACCAACCAAACGCAGAGGAAGCUCUAGCUGCCCUAAAAGACGGGAGACUGCGAGGGUUCAUCUACGACUCAGCUGUUCUCGAGUAUCUUGAGGGAAGAGACGAGGAUUGUCAGGUUAUAACCGUAGGGAAGACCUUCGCUACAACCGGGUACGGAGUCGCCUUUCCGAAAGGAAAGCAAACCUACUGGCGCAACUUGAUCAACAUUAAGAUCCUACUCUAUGCAGGCCAAGGAGUUCUCCAGAACCUGAAAGGCUCGUGGUUUGUUGGUGCCUGUAAAGACAAGCAGAACUCUGAGCUGACCAGCAGUAAAUUGACCGUGGAGAACUGUGCCAGCUGCUUCUUCCUCCUCAUUGCUGCCAUACUCUUCAGCUGCAUCGUUCUGGGCAUGGAGCACAUAUUCUUCUGGAAGUUCCGCCCGCUCGUCCGGAGGCAUUACAAAGCACACCAGGGUCUGCAGAACGUCAUGCAAGUUAUCAGUUCGAGACUCCACCACGCCUUGUUGACACGCGAGGAUGGUGAUGAUGAUGAUGACCGACCAGAGGCCAACUGCAACUGUCCCGGAUGUGAACGGGAGGUGGAGGAGACUCGCAAACAGUUGGACAUCGCCUUGUCUCACGUGACCAACCUAGAGCGGGAACUUAGGAAGAAGGCAAACUCGGAUACACCGGAAGAAACUCAAGAACGACAACAGCUCACCGACAUCACAUCCUGGCUUCAGAACCUGAAGACACAGCGGGUCACCAGCCUGCCUCCGAACGGUGGAAGCCAGUCGUCUGACCACCUAACACCUGACCAACAAGGCUUGUACGUCAUCCCCGACUCCGACAGUCUAGCUGGAUCGUGUAACGUUCUGUUGGAAGAACAACGCGACAACCCUGUGCCUGUGAGAGAGCCAAGAUCGCGUUCUUCUGUGCUUCUAAAAGAUUAGAU